UCAUCAAUUCCCUCCAUUUCCCCCUCAAAUUCAAAACCCAACUCGUCAGAUCUUUCGUUUACAUUUCAUCUCUCACUUUCCAUUCCGUGGAAUUCUGCUACAAUGGCAGAUUGUGAAGCUCCAUCUUUCUCUCUCGGUCUUGAUUUGGAUCACAAUGUCGAUGAAUCAAACUCUCACUCUCCGCUCAGUCCUCCCCGUGCUCCUGCACGCGUGGAGGUUGAGGAAUGCUUCGGCCCCGAUGUGGUUGAGUCCGAUCCGGAUAUGGCUCCAGACCCACCACCUCGGAUUCUGAAGCGGCUACGCCGUGGACCAGGUGAUGGGUCGUCGCCGCCCAUCCAGAGGCAGGAAGGGCUACGAUCGGGUUGUGACGGCGAUGAUGAUAUCGAGGAAUUCUCUGAUGAGGAAGACCUUCAGGUUCAAGCACGUGCGCCAACAUGGAAUCAGCCUUUGUGUAGCAGCUCCAAAGUUUCAUUGAAUGGAUCUGGAGUUUUAACUACUCAUUCAUCUGGCAACCGUAGAGAAAGAAAAAUGAAAAAAACUUCAGGUAUCCUAGGAUCUGCUACAUUGGAGAUGGGCCAGAGUGGGUUGAUGUUUCCAAAGUUGACAGCUAGUCCACUUCGCAGAUUCCAGUUGCUUGAUUCUGAUUCUGAUGAUGAUGAUGAUGACCCUGUAAGUGAAGAUGUUAGUGGUGGCCGCAAGGUUGAUCCAUGCUUCAAAGAACCAUCAUGUAAGCCAAACGAAUUUGUAACUUCUUUUGAUAGGAAAGCAUCAUUUCAGACGCACCAAAGCGAGGAUCUAUGGAAAGAUUUCUCUCCGGUGAAGAGUUUUUCAAUUCCAACACCUGCACUGAAUGAGGUUUGUGAAGAAUACUUCCGUUCUGCAAAGGACAAAGAAAAGGAAACAUCAGUAUCUGCAAUUCACUAUGAGAGCUUGUUUGAGUCCACUAGCUGUCAAAUGGAUGAACAAAUAUGGAAUUCAGCUUAUCCACUUCCUCCAGCUCAUCAAUAUUUUUUCCACAAGGAUCCAAGAAUCAGGAAAUUAGUUCGCAGUCGCCUGUUCAAUUUUUAUCCACUAGGUGUUGACAAAGUGAAUCACCAACCUAAUGCAUCACAUAUUGAUUACAUGGGACAAUUUAACAAUGAAGGUUCCAAAAAGAAGGAAGCUUGUAAUGGUUACUUGGAGAAAAGUUCGACUAGGGGAAGAACCAAACCAAAAGAAGUUACUGUUGAAGAACCUUUCCAUGCUUCUGGGGGCUGGGUGGCUCCGAAAAUUAAUUCUUCUUUUGGUGGAGAAUCUUCUAAGAGGAAAGCAACAAAAAAAAGUAACACGAAAACUAUGUCAAAAGGAAAAAGUAAAGCAAACUUGUCAAAUUCUUCAGAAAUCUUGCAUGCUUCUGCAAAUUGGGUGGAACCAAAGAACUGUGCCAACAUGCCAAAAGAUGCAAGCAGAAGACGUGUUCAAGCAAACAGUAAAUCAGUGGGCCACUGGUUUACAGGAUCAGGUGGAAGAAAGGUCUAUGUCGCCAAAGAUGGGCAGGAGUUAACAGGCCGAGCUGCUUAUAGGCAUUAUCGGAGGGAAAGUGGAUCAGGAUUCAAAAAGUCAAAAAAGAAACCAGUGGCAAGAAGAAAACUACCUGAAUCUUGGUGUAAAGGCGUCGGUUCCUGUCUGGCUUUCCCACGUCUUGUUGUACGUUACCCAGAUCUCAUGGCACGGUUUGGUUCAAAUACCACUCACUGGGUUCUUCUUAUGUCAUGUGUUGAGGAAAUUGAAAAACAGAGCUAGUUAAUCAUCAUCACGUUAAGGAACUCUUUCAGGGCUCUUGUUGCAUGAAGUUACCGAGAUAAAAUUCUCACAAGCAAGUCCGUGUCACGUUGGCCAUUUGUCUGAUGUCAACGAAAUUCCAUUUGCCAAGUUCUUCUAGAGCUACCCAAGUGGUUCUGUAAAUUCUGUAGUGUGGUCCUGCAAGUCACCAGUGGCCGGCAAAGAUGGACCAAGGCCCUUGAUUGUCUGAAAUUUCUUAACGUGCAAGUAUAAUUCCAGAUGUGGACGUCUGGGAUGUUUAAUUUCCUGAUAAUAACAAAUUUUCUUUGCACAGAUUAAUUGCUCUUUAGCAAUUCAAGAACAGGCAGGCUAGGAUUUGACAUCAGAGCCAGAAAGUUGAUCAUCAAUAGGAUUUUGUCCAAAUAGCAAUGAUAUCCUGAUCCACGACAAGAGUGUAUGGAAUGUAGAAUUGUGUUCAAAGAGGUGGUAAAUCUAAUUGGUUUUGGUUUUUGACUUGUGAUUUAGUUUAGAAUGUGAAGUAUGAGCUCAAAGCACAGGUAUAUAAGGUCCUAUAUGGUUUAGAGUUGUGUUUUCAUUCGGUAGAACAUUCUUUAGAAUUGUUAACACGCCACAAGCGUCAUUGAGAGCGCUAUUUUUGGCCAUUUAGUGAACUUUACUUUCAUGUUCUCA